CUCUUAAUUAAUCUCAAGCAAUAAUUAAUCUUAAGCAACAGGUGAACACUAGCGAAGAUUAGAAAAUUAGACGAAGACGUGGUGAAUAGAAUUGCAACUAGGUAGAUAAUUCAAACACCGGCAAACUUGGAUGUCAAAGUGAGAAACAUAUAAGUUACUAUGAAGGAAGAAAGCUUAAAGCUACUACAGGUGUGUACGAAAAACGAUCGUCAAGUCUCGGACGGCGAGACAGCGUCGGUUGGGACUUUUACCCGCUGCAGGCGCGAAAAGCUGAAAAGUCUUUCCCGCGAGAGAAAGACAGAGAGAAAGGAACGGGAACGGUGAAGCAAGGCGAGCCGGUGAUCGCGUAGUGGGACCAACAAAGUUACCUGGAUCGACAACAGAUACUUUUCUCGGCAGUAACCACCAAGACACCAUGACGACACGAUCACUCGCCUCGUCCCCGACGCGACCACCGUCGACUGUUGGGCUGAUCAUCGCGCUCCUCCUCGUCGCGGCCGCACAAAUAUGCAGCGGAGCAUACUACGGGAAACUGAUCGGCAAGCUGUCUGAACUUCAUCAUGGCGUGAGCGGCGAGGUCUACGCCGUCGACGCAAGGACGCUAUUUAUCAAGGAUUUCACUUAUGAUGGCGAAGGUCCAGCUGCCUUCUUUUAUGCUGGAAACAGCAAGGGUCCAGGCAACAACGGAUUUCGGGUGCGUGACGAACGCGGAACCACGAACGUCCUUAAACGGUAUCGCAAGAAGGACAUCACGCUGACCUUACCGGAGGGCAAGACCUUGAAUAACAUUAAGUGGUUUUCGGUUUGGUGCGACGAAUUCUCCGUGAACUUCGGCGACGUCAGAAUACCACGAAGCUUCGAUUAUCCGAAACCGCAGAAGCUGAAGUCACUGAGCGGCAUACACGGCGUCAGUUCGGAGCCAGUUGUCAUCGUAGACGCCCAGACCCUUCUGAUACCCAGUUUCAGUUACGAUGGCGAAGCACCUGAUGCCAAGUUCUGGGCGGGCGCUGGUCCGAACCCCUCGUCGCAGGGUAUCCGGGUGCCGGACGAGAACGGGAAAGUGCAACCGUUGCGUCGUUACGAUCGCAAGACGAUCGUGUUGACGUUACCGAGUGACCUGACCGUUCAUCAGCUCGGUCACUUCGGAGUGUGGUGCGAGGCCUUUGCUGUGGACUUUGGUCACGUGCAGAUCCCGCACAAUAUGAACGUACCGCCGUCUCUCAAAAUGCUCGGGGUUUCGCCGCAGUCGAAACUUAACUGCGAGGUUCUCGAGGACAGCUUAGCUUUCGAGGUGCGAUGGGCCGUGGCCGGGGACAGCAUUGUCGUUCAGCUCGUCGCAAAGCUAGAUGCCGGACAGUAUAUGUCCUUCGGAUUGUCCGUGGACCCGGAGAGAAGCACGAUGGUCGGCGGGGACGUUACCGUGGCUUGGGUCGAGAAGCAGACUCUGCAGGGAUACGCCGUGGAUUACUUCCUAGACGCGAAGUCCCAGUGCUCAGGACGCCGCGGUAGCUGCCCCGACAGGCGUAUACGGGAAAACACGGACUCGGUGCGGCUGUUGAACGCAGCGAUGGUCAACGGCUAUAGCAUUGUCACGUACCAGAGACCACUGAAAGCCAGCGACGAGCUAGACCUUCCGAUCUUGACGAACAGAUCGCAGGCCAUAAUCUGGGCUGUUGGACCGUUGAACGAGCGGCAGGAAGUCAGUUUUCAUAGCCACUAUUUGAGGACUGACCGGUUUAUCGAAUUUGGCAGACCGCCCGCGUGGAAUUGUCCCAUGCCGGAUCAGGAGCCUUCAGACGUUAACGAGACAGCAAGCAGCCAUCAAGUUACCUUAAGGACUCCACAACGUGUACAGGCGACUCCUGCACCGGCUUCUACGAAGGACGCUUGGGAAAUACCACCGAUUCAAUGUUACGAACCGGAGGAUGGUGUUUUCUAUGCGCAGAUGGGCCCCACCGGAGGGAAACACGGCUAUCCGGCAAUCACCGGUCACGUCGGCUGGGGAAUCUCUUGGUACAUUAAUGGAUUACUGAUACCCGAGAUUAACGUGGUGCGGGGCAAGAGAUACACUUUUGUUGUGGAAGGCGGUUUAGAAGCCGACAUUCCAGCUCGUUAUCAUCCAUUCUACAUCACGGACGAUCCGAUAGGCGGUUACUAUCACAAAACAGCUGAGGAGAAAGCGAAAGUGAAGAUAUUCGCCGGUGUGCGCCGGCAACGUGGCAAGGUUAUCCCCACGGGCGUAGGUCGCCUUUGCAAUUGGGUGCCGGACCAGAACCAACCACCCGCGGACGAUUUCGCCUCCUUCGGAGCAUAUCAGCGUACCCUGACCCUUGAAUGCGACCACGGCGAGCCGGGCUUCGUGGAAUGGACGCCCGACGAGAACACUCCCGACACGGUUUAUUAUCAGUGCUUCACGCAUCGUUACCUAGGUUGGAAGAUCAAUGUACACGAUAGCUGCGACGUCAGCGAGCCAUCGGUGACGCAGGUGGCUAGCGAGAAGCACGAGGUGUACGUGGAGCCACCCCAGGACCAUCAGGAUCUGGACUACGGCGCUAGUAUUGCCGUGCCGAGCAAGGUAACGCCAACGGCGGAAUUUCUUCGUCACCAGCAUGCCCAUCAUCAUUCUCAUCGCGAAUACGACUAUCGUUAUCCUCACCAUCAUCAUCAUUCGAUGACUACUAACAGCAAGCUAAGCGUCUCACAUCCACAGCUACUAACGAACGCCAAUAACAAUUACGAUCGCUUGCAAUCAUCAUCAUCAUCGCCCAAGAAUUCGUACGGGACACGUCCGAUGGACGCGGAUCGCGUCGACAUUGAGGAGGACCUGCCGCAUCAGCAACAGCAGAAACCGCAGCAGCAACAGCAAUACCGGUCGACCACGACCGAUCAUGAACUACCGUCAUCAUCUCUUCAUGGGACUCAUCUCACGGAGCUUGCGCGGGAAAUUCAUCAUACCGCCACUAACCCGGAAUUGUCUAACCUCGUUGCAGAUCACCAGCGAUCGUCGUCACUGACAAGCCAAGCGACAAGGUUGCCUUACGUAGCGGCGGCCGCCAUCAGCAACACCCAGCUACCGUUCUCCCGAGCGCCGCAUCAUUACGCGAGCAAUUUCCAUCACUACGUCCGCCAUCAGCUUCCUCCGUCUCCUUCACGUUAUUAUCAUCACUCCGAACCGCCGAGGACCCAACUGAUGAUCAUCCGCCGGCAUCCGGUGUCAUUAACGCGCCAACCGCAAUCGAUGUUACAGACGUUACAGAAAGCUGCCAGUAUGAUGACGAGCGCGUUAUCGUUGCCGUUCCCAUUCUUCCAAACGACCUCGCCGCGACCGAUUCUAAUCGAGCGCAAAAAGUCCGUUUACCGACCACCGGUCGUCGCAAUAACAACGCUGAAGACGACGCCAAAAACGACGAUCGACAAGAUCGUCCUGCUGCCGCCGCCUGAUAAACUCACAGCGAAGAUUGAUGCAAAGCAGCAACGCAUGAAACUCGAGGCGAAGAUGGGAUCGAACUCUGACGUCACCGAGAAUCACGUGAGUGGUCCCUCGUGGAAGCUUCUGAAACCUGCGCGCAACACCGGCUUCAAUCCCGAUUCCAUCGUCAUCGAGAGCGGCUUUAAACCGAUCAUCAGAAACACAAUCGUCGAUAGUCGAGCGGCCGCAGACGUCGCGCAGAAGAGGCUGUCGAUGGGCGCGACAGAGUCUUGGCAGGACGGGGUUCCGCUCAGAAAGAAUGGGGAUUAUCGCACGAUCGACGAGUUCUCGCCCGUCUUUAUGCCGUCGCUGCCCAUGACGAUCGAUGGCAGCAGGAAGCGAAAGAAGAAGACGUCUCCUACACGUUCUCCAUCGCCUACGCGUUUUCCGUCCCCUCGUUUCGAUUUCGACGACAUGGAGAUGGCGGCCGAUCUCAGACUCGACACCUACUAUCUCCCGCCAAUCGGCAAGACGAGACCGGAGCAGCUUCCGUCACCCUCCCCCUCCGGCGUUUUGAUCACCUACGAUGGUAAGAAGCUGCGGGACUCUACCAGUUUGGCCAGGUCCAUCUCCGACGACGAGCCUCGCGGUAGUAAAGGCCAGCUGACCUCGGACAUUCUUAGCAGAACGCCGCAGUUCGGUAAGUUCCAGGGCGAGCUGCCGCCACUGAUUCCUGGAGAGAUGCGCGCGAACGACUCAAUUCCCACCACCUACUCCUCCUCCUCCUCCUCCUCCUCCUCUUCUUCUCCGUAUGGGAAGAAAAACCGUCUGCCGGUUGUCGAUCUGCCGCCAAGUAUCGAAUUAUUGCCGAAGACCAGCAGCAGCAGCAGCAGCACGAAGCUGAAGCUGGUGGAGAGAUCGAAGAGAUCGCCGCUUUCGAAUGUCGGUCGCACGAUGUCGAGCGCAGACUUCCAGCGGGACAUCGGCGACCGUGGACGUCGGGAACGUGUCCGGAUCGAAUCGGCCAGUGGCAGUGGAGCGCGCAGCUUCGGCAGCCUCGGAUGGAUCGUUCCGAUCGCGAUUGCGGCGCGGCUCGCGAUUUGAGAGAAAUUAAUGACCCCGGUCCAGUUGUGUCUUGCCGACGAAGGCAUACACACCAUAUUCUCGAUGCUGGAAGGGAAGAUCGGAAGACGUUGAUCGUUUCGAGCGCGCCCGUGUGGCUCGUAGCGCGGUCACAGGAUCAUUCGGGAAUGGUAGACGAUAAUACUCUCCAACUGCGUUAACACCGGGGAAGGCAUUACUAACCACUGGGAAAACCGCUGGUUUCCUAUACAGUAGUACAAUCCGCCUGUUAAGCUCGCGUCUCAUAUAUCUCUGAUACCUCGAUCUGCUUUCUCGAUCGUGUUCUUUGCGCGGCAAUCAUCAGUUGAAUAUUUUAUUAUUCGAUUUACGUUCCUCAGGCCAGAUCUAUAUUGCUUGUAAACAUUUUUACGGUGCUGAUUUAGCAAUUACAUUACUCCGAAAGAGAACAGAAGAUUUUAUGCAUUAAUUCAUAUACAUCUGCGUGCACGUGUUUUUUUUCUAUUUUAAUAUUAGAAUUGUGCAAGCUACAUGUCUGAUAUCAAAAUUGUAAUUAUACACGGAUGAUAAUAAAUGUUUGAGAAAAUAGAUAAUAUAAAAUACAUGAUAGUAACAAAUAUAUAUAGAUAUGUAUAAAGAAUUGUUUUGAAGGCGAGAUUAAAAUUUUCGAAAUCGAAGUAGCAUUUGGGAUCAGUAAAAAUGAAAGGUAUAACGUAUGAAUGUGUUCGAUACAAUUACGUAAACGAAAAGUUAUGGGAAGUACAAGUUUAUAAAUUUACAUUUUUGAUACCGUGAUAUUACGACGCACAAUAACAAUUGCUAUAAUUGUGAGAAAAAUAAAAGUUUACAAUUAUUAAAAAACAGACGCCGAAAACCCGAUCGAGUUCCAAAAACGCCAGUUUACAACUGGCGCAGGAGGCGUUCGCAGCAACAGGUACUUGUUGAAUUUUGUGCUGGCAUAUUUUUGUAAAUAAGUUAAAAUAUUUGUUAAUAAAGGUAAAUCUUGACACAGUUAUUUCCAAA